AGCAUUCUCAAACUUAGCUAUCCAGGACUCUAUUACCUGCUGAAUUGGAGUGUCCGCCGAGACACAUUCCUUGCAACACAGACGGAACCGACAACAGCUCAAUUACGUCGGAAAUCGCCUGUCACCAACUAUGGCAGACCCAUAUGACGAAGGGCUGCCGAACGAGGACGGUCUGAUGCCAACAACGUUGGAAGGGGUCAUGGCCAAGACCAAGAAAGAUUUUGGAGAGCUUAGAGAGAGCUUUAUCAGACUAAAACCUUUAAUUAACCUGGAAGACGAUCUCAAAAUCGUCCACACUGCAGAGGCUAUCUUGCAAGGGUCGCAGGAGACCCGAGAAUACCAGAUCCGGAGGAAUAACGAGGAACUCGAAUCACUUCAAGAAACGCUUCGCGAAGCGAGACAGGCAGCUAGACGGCCAGCUACAGCAGGAACAGAAGCAGAGUAUGAGGACCAGCUCGCCAAGCUUAUCGAGGACGUAUACUCUGGAUCAAAACGCAAGCAGGCGCAAGAGGAUUUGAUGACCAAGAAGCAGAUGGCGAUCAAGGAGAGCGAGGAGGAGAAUAAGCAAGCGAAGGAGUGGAAUGUCGAGAAGGAAGUCGUUAAGGACAACUCAAAGGCCCGCCGUCUUAAGGCGUUCACGGACCUCGGUCUACGUCUACUAGACAGCGAUGCGGAAGGAAUCCUCAUCACUACGCAGAACGAUAUCGACCAGGUCAAGCUGGACAAGGACCAGUCCGAUUUCUACAAGACGACAACGAUCUGGAACAAGAUCAAUGCUAUUCUAUGAGCACGAAGAGCAGCAGGCGUCAUGGAAGUGCGGCGAGGGGCCAGUAUUUUGUAUCUAUAUCGAGGUUGUAUGGCUUGGGGUAAUGUCUAUAAUGAGCUUUUCACGGCAAUAGAUGAUAGAAGAUGCACGGGUGA